AUGACAUUUUGCCCGCUUCAGUUUGCGCCAUUUUCGCUAGUUUGGUAAUGCACAAAUGUGCGCCUUUAGCUCUGGCGUUCUUUGUCCCGAUUCUUUAAUGGGUUGUGAUGUUGGUUAUUCCUUCACAAUAAGUCCUAUCAUUGUUUCUAGGCUAGAGUAGAUAUUACUAAGCGUCACCGGAAAGGCAGAGACCACUUUUUUCACGAGCAGAAUUGUGUCAAAAUCAACUGGAAUUGCGCAUUUUUGUGCUGCAUCAGGCCGUGUCAGCCGCUAACAGCGCCAGUGACUGCACGACUCUGGCGCACAUGAGUUAGCUUACGGAGCUAACCGGCUAGCUUGCUGAACAAAUAGGUUUGAUGCUGAGUUGGUAGGCGUUCGCGGGGACAGCAAGUUUUACGCUAACGCGCUCAUAAACAGACGAGUUGUCGGCGCCGCUUCCCGACGCCCGCCCGGGUUUACACCAGGAGUUGACACAUCAUGUCAGGCAUUGCAUUGAGCCGGCUUGCCCAGGAGCGCAAGGCAUGGCGGAAGGACCAUCCUUUUGGAUUUGUUGCUGUACCGACAAAAAAUCCAGAUGGAACCAUGAAUCUCAUGAAUUGGGAAUGUGCGAUUCCUGGCAAGAAGGGGACUCCGUGGGAAGGCGGCCUCUUCAAGUUGCGCAUGUUGUUCAAGGACGAUUAUCCUUCUUCACCUCCAAAAUGUAAAUUUGAGCCUCCUCUCUUCCAUCCAAAUGUGUAUCCAUCAGGCACAGUAUGCCUAUCUAUACUAGAGGAAGAUAAGGACUGGAGACCAGCCAUCACAAUAAAACAGAUCUUAUUAGGUAUCCAGGAACUCCUAAAUGAGCCAAAUAUCCAGGAUCCAGCCCAAGCAGAGGCUUACACAAUCUACUGCCAAAACAGAGUAGAAUAUGAAAAAAGAGUUCGAGCACAAGCCAAAAAGUUCUCCCCCUCGUAAGGCAGAAGACUCGCUCCACUGCGGCAGAAGGGUUUACCAAGAAUCACCUCCCCCGCUCAGUCUCUCAAUGAAUGUGCUCCUCUCACAUCGGGACUCGCUUAAAGACUUGUAUUUAAACUCCACACAUUCUGUGCCACCCCGCUCUCCUAUGACCUAUCAUUUUUUUGUUCUUAAAUGCCGGUUGGCACAUAAUGCCGGGAGGGGACGGGUGCUGUGGCGCCCUGGUAAUUUCUUUAAAAACGUUAAUUGUCUUAUGUGGUGCAAGGGACACAGCUCGGUACCAUUUUCAUCAUCUCCAUGCAAGCUGGCUGUCAUCACUGUUGAAGAAAGACAAUGUCUUUGUUUGUUUUGUUUUUGUUUUUUUUGCUCUAUCACAGGGUCUGUUCUUUUAUUCCCCCCCCUUAAAUGUAAAAUUAGCUUAUUUCAUUGUCAGUAUUUCAACUGCUGUAUAAUGAAUGGCACUUUUAUACUGUUGUAUCUCACUAGUGUCUCUAGAUGGCUCUGUCUAAUUCUCUUUCCCAGGUUUUCUAUUCAGCAUGCUGUAAUAUAUGAUAGAAUCUGCUGCCUUGGCUGUCUUUUUGUUAUUCAGAGUGUUUGCUAUGGAAUAAAUAAAAAUGGCUACAAUGACCGAGGCAGGUAGGCUUACUUCUGUAUCAGACUCUAAGGUUAUAUGGUGCUUUGUUCAUGUAUGUGUUGGCGUAAAUAAAAGUUUCUACAAAACA